AAUAUUUCCUUUCAUACAGCCAGAGCACUUUGUGGGCUGGCUGAGUUACUCCCUGGUGGGCCACACUGGUGCUCAAUGGAGAUUACUCCUUCACAGCCAACCAAACACCCUGUGCACUUGUACUGGUGCAAUCCCCUGGAAUGCAUUGCAUGGUUCCUCAACCACCCUUUGUUCUCUGACCAGCUCAAUUUCAUUCUGAGGCAUGUAUACAAAAUGCCUGAGAAGCUUUGUAGGGUGUAUACAGAGUGGAUGACCACUGAUGAUGCUUGGUGUAUGCAGUCACAGCUUCCAAGUGGAGCGACUCUUCUUGGCACAAUACUUUCUUCAGACAAGACAAAUAUUACUACUUUAUGUGGUGGCAGAGUUGCUCAUCCACUUCUUGUCAGCCUAGCAAAUAUCAAGAUGUCCACAUGCCUAAAAUUGUCAUCCAACUCAUUUAUGCUCACUGCUCUCCUCCCCAUCCCCAAGUUUGUGCACAAGAACAAGCAUAUGUGUGGCCUCCUCAAAGAUAGGCUCAUUCAUGAAUGCCUGGAUAUUGUACUUGAACCCAUCAAGCAAGCUGCCAAACUUGGCAUUAUGUUACUGGAUUCUCUGGGGCACAUGCAGUACUGUUUCAUGUCAAUUGCAGGUUAUAUCACUGACACUCCUGAGGCUGCCAUGCUCACAGCUGUUGGGGGAAAGACUUCCCUGAUCACCAUGGCGAUGUACAAACAGUUCAGAGACCCAUUCUGA